AUGUCUGGACAUAUUGCUUCUUCUUCGAAUACACGAAUAUUUGAUCCGACAGCUUUACCACCUCGAUGGCUUGAUUGCCCGAGAAAAUCAAGUAUUAUUGCCAAUAAAUUUAUUGCAUUCAAAACUCCAUUGGAUGAUCGAUAUAAAGAAAAAAUUAGUUCCUAUCAACUAUGGACAUGUCCCAUGUUACUUGACUCUGUUAAACGUGAACAGAAAACUCUCGGUUGUGUUAUCGAUUUAACAAAUACGCAACGAUUUUAUAAUAGUGAUACUGAAUUCAGAGACAAACGUAUACGUUAUGAAAAAAUUCGAUGUCGAGGGCAUGGCGAGACGCCUAACGAUGAACAAAUCAAUCGUUUUAUGGACGUUUGUAAUGAUUUUUUUAAUAAUAAUCCCAAUGAAAUUAUUGGUAUUCAUUGUACACAUGGAUUUAAUCGUACAGGAUUUUUAAUUUGUGCAUAUCUUUGCCGUGAACUUGAUAUGAGUAUUGAUGCUGCCAUUGAUAUAUUUUCAAAAGCUCGGCCGCCAGGAAUUUACAAACAAGAUUAUUUAAAUGAGCUAUUGAAAAAAUAUGGUGAUGAAAGCUCUACAAUGAUUCCGGCACCUGCACGACCUGAAUGGUGUCUUACUAAUAGCGAUGACGAAGAUGAACCUAAUGAACGACCUGUAGGUAUUAGUGGCAUUAAACGGCCACUUAGUAAUGCUAUUGAACCACCAAGUAAACGACUACACGAAGCACCACGAAGUUCAAAUCCGCAAUUUGCUGUUAGUCUAUCCGGUGUUUUCCCUAUUUGCUCUCAAUCGACUGUGACUAUUCAAUUGAAAUGCCAAAGAAUGUGUGAAUGGACUCGGCGAGGUUUUCCAGGUUCACAACCUGUAUCAAUGGAUAUUACAAAUUAUAAGACUAUCGUUCAAUCUCCGUAUAUGGUCAGUUGGAAAGCUGAUGGAACUAGAUAUAUGAUGUUGAUUGAAGAUGACAAUAAAAUUUAUAUGUUUGAUCGUGAUAAUAAUGUAUUUCAAAUAAGUCAUCUUCGUUUUCCAAAAGAUGCUGAAUCUACAAGUCAUUUAACGAAUACACUAAUUGAUGGUGAACUUGUAAUCGAUAAUGUAAAUGGAACCAAACUACCCAGAUAUUUAAUUUAUGAUAUUAUAACUUAUGAAAAUGAAAAUGUUGGAAAAAAACCAUUUAGAGAACGUCUUGAUAUCAUACGUCGUUCAAUUGUCGAUGUUCGCAAUAAAGCUAUAGCAAAAGGCCUUGUUGAUAAAAGUUUAGACCCAUUUUCAAUACGAAAUAAAGAUUUCUGGGAUUUAGCUGCGGUACCUAAAUUGGUUGGUCCUAAAUUUCAAGCACAAAUAGCUCAUGAAGUUGAUGGCCUUAUUUUUCAACCUGAACUUGAUCCGUAUUUACCUGGCCGAUCACCGCGUGUACUGAAAUGGAAAGAAGAUAAUACCAUUGAUUUUCGUCUAAAAAUUUUCGUUGAUAAAUCAAAAAUAGGACAAUUACCCGAGAAAAAAGCUCUUUUAUUCGUCAAUGGUAUGCAACAGCCAUUUGCAAACAUACCUUGGUCAAAGGAAUUACGUCAAUAUGAUAAUAAAAUCAUCGAAUGUUCAUAUCGUGACCAUAAAUGGCAUUUUCAUCGACAACGAACUGAUAAAUCAUUUCCUAAUGCUAAAGAAACAGCGUUUGGAGCCGUCGAAGCCAUGCAACAUCCGGUAACAAAAGAGUUGCUUUGUUCACUUAUUGACGAACAUCUAAAAAAUAACAUGCAUUGA